AUGUGUAUACAUAAAACACCUUAUGUAUUAGCUUGUACUGUAUUUUUAUUAUACUCGCAGUUACAUUUAGUUUCCACUUUUUCAACUGCGGAUCAAAUUAUUAGUAAUGGAUAUCCAGUAGAAACGUAUGAAGUUGAAACAAAAGACAAUUACAUGAUAGGCUUGGAACGAAUACCAUACAGUAAAAAUGGAAAUAAAACAAUCGGUAAACCAAUUGUUCUUUUACAUGGUUUAUACGGGACUUCGAUGUUUUAUACGCUAUCCAAUAAAUCUCUUAGUUUCAUGUUAUCCGAUGCUGGUUUCGACGUUUGGUUGCUCAAUUUUCGUCUAGCUGGGAUUUCUAAAUACAUAAAAAAUCCGAAAACUCAUGAGGUAACUCCAUUGAGAAAUGCUUCAUGGGAUUUCAGCUUUGACGAAUUGGGAAUAUAUGAUACGACAGCUGGUAUUGAUUUUAUCUUAAACAAAACUGGAUAUUCUACACUACACAUGGGUGGUUAUUCUUUCGGAGCUACUAUAUGCCUGAUUGCACUGGCCGAAAGACCAGAAUACAAUGAAAAAAUUGACAAAUUAGUAUUAAUAGUUCCAACGGCAAGAAUGAAAUACUAUGACCGAAGACUUAUUAUUUUAAAGAGAUUUCCAUUUUUAUUUCACAGAACUUUGAGAGGAAGAGAAUAUGUUCCUAAGAUGAAACAUCCAGAUGAACAAUGGUUUGGGCACCAAUGUAAAAAUAAAAAAUACAUGAAAUUAUUUUGUAUUUUUGCAAUGGAUGUAUUACAAGGCAAUUAUUUGGCGAUAGAUUACUCAACUAUAGAUAUCUUGAAAACGUAUCCUCAGCCAACGUCAGUCAAAGUAAUGACACAUUAUUAUCAACUUAUACUAGCUGAUUAUUUCCGAAAAUAUGAUUAUGGAAAAAUCGGGAAUAUUAAACAUUACCAAUCUGAAACUCCACCAAAUUAUGAUUUAUCUCAAGUAACAGCUGCUACAUAUAUUUAUCAUUCAAAAUACGAUGUUAUAGCUCCACCAAAGGAUAUAAAAUGGUUAAUACAAAGAUUGCCGAAUGUAAGAAACGUCACUAUGGUGAAAAAAUUCAGCCACAUGGGUUUUGCCACUAGCCCAUAUUUGAGACCUAUAAAUAUGUUAAUAGUUAAGAAUUUAUUGGAAAAUAAAUAG